CUUGUACGCGAAGUUAUUCGCAAGUUGGCGAACUGUUGUUACGGCCGUGUUUAUUGUUGAAUUUGUUAUUUAUAAACAGGAUUAUUAUACGGUUGAGUACGAUGUCGUUGAAAGUGGAAAAAAUUUCGGAGUCCCUAAAGUUAGGUGAAGGGCCACACUGGGAUGAAAAGCAACAGGUCUUGUUUUUUGUUGAUAUCAACGGAGCUGCCAUCCAUAAAUAUGUACCUUCCACCGGCGAACACACAGAAGGAAAACUUGAUGGCCGAGUAGGCUUCAUGGUUCCCGUUGAAGGUACCACAGACCAGUUUAUUGUUGGUGAAGAAAAGACCUUCGAGAUUGUCCAGUGGGACGGAAAGAAUGGAAGUAAAGUUAACGUAGUGAAGGUCCUGGGGAAGGUGGACCAGGAUGUAGACGCGCCCACCAGGAUUAAUGAUGGAAAAGCCGACCCCCGUGGGAGAAUUUUUGCUGGGACUAUGGGCCACGAAGUGGCGGGCCAAGUGGUAAGCAACAUGGGCUCGUUCUACCGCAUCGAUAAUAACGGAGCCAUUGUGAAGCUCUGUGACAAAAUAAGUAUAUCCAACGGUCUUGCGUGGGAUUUGAAGGAAAAUGCCAUGUACUACACUGACUCGUUUGAAUUCAAUAUACGGAGAUAUGAUUAUAAUGUGGAAACCGGAGAAAUUUCUAACAUGAGGUUUAUCUUCGACUUCAAGAAAAACGGCAUUGAAGGUCUGCCGGAUGGUUCGACCAUAGACAAGGACGGCAACUUAUGGGUCGCGGUCUUCAACGGGUCUUGUGUGAUCCAAAUCGAUCCCCGUACGGGGAAAUUGAUGAGAAAGGUCCCCAUACCAGCGGAACAAGUGACUUCCGUGAUAUUUGGCGGUCCUAAUUAUGAUAUUUUGUUCGUUACCAGCGCAUGUAUUAAUAUAGAUAAGGAAAAAAACCCUUCCGCCGGUUGUACGUAUAUGGUAACUGGGUUGGGAGUGACUGGGUUGCCAGGUUAUAAUUUUAAAUUGCAAGCAUAAAGUUAUAACGAAACAUGUUCUAUAUACAUACAUAUCAUUGUUUAUUAUUGUUUUAUAUUAAAGUUUGUUAUAUCACUUGUU